UUUCUUGUGAAUCUAUUCCUUAUGAAAGUAUCAAAUAAUUGCUUCCAUCCUCUAAUUCUCGUUCCUAUCGCCGCCAUUGAUGGAAUAUUUGCACUAGAUCUUCUAUCUCUCUCAAUUCUCUCAUCGCCAUAUUUAUUCAACUUAGUCAAUCAAUUUAUUCACCAUAGGAUCAAUACUCCCCAAAUGAAUGGCAUUUUUUUUUACAAAUCUUGUUGAAUAAGUACUUUGCACGUCGUCAAUGGAUUCUACAAUUAUUUUUUCCUCACCAAAUGAGUUUCUACAUAAUACUUCUUGAAAUUUUGUGAAACUGAAAUCGAUGUGGUAAAUAUUUCAUUAUAUGCAAUAAGAGGGAUUUAAAAGAAUGCCCAGAAAAUUUAAUAGUUAACUAGUUUUAAAAUCCUUUCAUUCUAUAUUCGAUUUGCAAUCACAACCCUGAUAUAGCAGUUCUUGCUCAAUGUAAACUCAUUGAAAUUGCUCAGACGAGGGGAAUUUGAAUUUAUAAAGUGCUCAACAAAAUUACAAUUUGCAGAUAAUAGAGAAAAAAAUGUUAGAAAAGGGAUAGGGAAGAACGAAGAUGAUAAUGGAUUUUGCAUGGAGAUACAAUCAUAUAAAAAUAAAAAGGUUAAGUGGCUUGAACUUGUACAGUAGUGGAAGAUCAUAUUUAAAUGGAAUCGUUCCCCUCUCUUCAACUUUCAUCAAUGGGAAAAUGGAAUCGCAGAUAUAUACCCAGAAGGAAGCCUAGGCAAUACGACUAUGAAGAUCCGCCCCCAUCUCCUCCAAGACCCUAUUCUUCUGGAGUUGCUCACAGUAGGGUGCCGUCAUGGGAAAUAGACUAUUGCCAUUCUUGUAAAGUUCCUUGGAAUAAGGUGUUGGCAUCCAAAAAGUAUAUAUACAGUUAUCAUAGUGUGCUGAAUUGGGAUGGAUCUGCUGGUAAAGAAGCAUUGGAGAAUGCAAAACACCGAUUCUGGGCCAAGAUCAAUGGCCAUCUAUGUGAUAACCCUUUGCCAGACCCAAACAUGUACAUCGAUGAGAUUGAUUGGAACCCAUAUAUAGAUCGUGAGCUGAUGGAAGAUCUAGAUCUACAAAUUUUUUAUCCAGAUGAAACAGAGAAGAUAGGGCAGCUGGAUACCAUUAACGAAGAGGUUGAGUGCGCUCAAACACAGCAUGGUAAAAAGCAAUACACUAGUGAUAACCCUUGGGAAAGAGAUCAGGUGCACGGUACUGAUAAUUUAAAACAAGCGAAUGGUUGGGAUAGGUGGGAUGAUACAUUAAAUCUGAGAAAUGACGAUCCAUGGGAGCAAAGUUGCCGGAAACUUGUUGGUUCUUCGAAGGAUAAUACUUGGGGGAUUAGAAGUGAAUCUUGGGAAUGGCCCCAGGGUCUUGAAAAAACUCAGUCAUCUUCCUUUGCUGAUUGUGGACGUGGCAAGUCUUGGAAUUGUAAUGAGAAAACCAUGGCUGUUAGAGAAGACGGAUGGGGACAGGGACAUAGAGAAAACAAUUCUUGGAGUUGGGGUCCGGGGAAUAACAAUUCUACAAGAGUGCCAUUAUUUGAAACUAACAAUUCUAUAUGCUCAAAAGAGAGAGGUUGGAGGGACAACAGGAAUGUGUCUUGUGCUGUGCGGGAUGCAAGAUACGAUGAUAGUGAGGCCAAGCAUUGGGAUCCAAAUUUCAGGCAGGGUAGAUGGUCCUCUAGGGGUCAGGCAGGGUGAUAGUGAGGCCUAGUUCUGUACAGCACACGUCAAAAUAUAAGAGCUCCAGAUAUCUUGGUGACCCAUAUGGAUAUGGUCAGCAGAUCUGAAGAUUUUCAGGAACUUGGUUAAUAUUAUGUUGUUAAGUUCUUCAAAAGUUUAAUUGCGCCGGGGAAGUUACACUUUCAACAGUCCACUACUUUUUGCAAAUAGUGCAGAUCUUUUACCAUCUAUUUUACUAGGAAAAUACUUUUGGUGAAUGGUUAUUGGUUGUUUUUUGAGGUUUUGGAGGAUGCAACUGGUUCUUAAGGAUUUUGCAUUUUCUAUACACAACCUAACGAUGGACCUUUUAUUAAGAGUCAAUCCGGCAGAGAAGGGAAUUAGCUGGUGAGUUAUGGUACCUCUAGCUGCACUCUGAUUCUUUUGUGAUUCGUAAAUGCGGACUUCCGAAGAUUUUGAUGCUUAUGGUAGACUAACGUAUGAUUGGGUCAAAGACAAAACACAUCUUAAGCAAAGUUUGUUCUAGGGUUCUAAAGAAACAGGUCCUAGUUUGCAUACUGAGAAAAAAUGUAUUAAGAAACAUCUUAUAGAAGAGAGAAAUACAAUUUUGUUUGUUGAUUAAGUUUGCACUGACUUGAAAACUGUAGAAACAUCUUAAAGAA